AUGCUUCCUUCUUCCACAAAGAAUGCCAAACGAUGGGCCGACUCGAGCCUUCAGUGGGCCCCCCCUGCAUGCCUGCGCAAAGCAGCCCGCGCCAAGAAAGCCAAAGCCACCAUCAACCAGAUAAUCCCGUCGCUGCUGCCCACGCACCCCCGCGCCCGCCGCGGCAUCGAGGCCGCCGAACUCAUUGUAGGCCAGCCGACGGACACCCGAGGAGACGAUGGCCCGUCGUUGCCGCCUCGCCUGAGGCUGCAGGUCACGGAUACCCUCACGGCUGCGAGAGCCCUGGCUGUGGGGUCUGGCAAUGAUCCGAGAGCGCCACGGCCAGGCUCCAAAGUAUCAGCAAGGCGCGUCGCUGUUCUCAACAUGGCUUCCGCCCUCAGCCCGGGCGGGGGCUUCCUGAAUGGUGCAACAAGCCAGGAGGAGUCUCUCUGCAUGAGGACCACCCUGUUGGCAUCUCUCAAGGACGAGUGGUACCGCCUGCCAGAGCUGGGCGCCAUUUACACACCCGACGUCCUGGCCUUUCGUGACGGAGAGGCCGGCGCAGGAGAUGCAGCAGCAGCAAACAGCGACGAGAAGGCAUAUGCGAUCCUCGAAAAAAGGGACAGGUGGUUCUUUGACUGCAUCACCGCGGCCAUGCUCCGGAAUCCCGACACGGAUGAAGAUGACGGAGAGACCGCCGACGGGGUCUCGGGCCAGCGACGGUACACCAACGACAAGGACCGCAAGCUCGUGCUGGACAAGAUGCGCAUGGUGAUGCGCAUCUGCCAGGCCAAAGGGGUCCACAAGGUCGUACUUGGCGCCUGGGGCUGCGGCGCAUAUGGUAACCCUGUGGGCGAGAUUGCGCGUGCGUGGCGGAGGGUGCUGAUGCCUCGAACAGACCAGACGCCGAAAAAGGGACAGAAGCAGAAGACCCGGCAGGUUGAGACGUGGGAAGUUAUUGAGGAGGUGGUCUUUGCCAUCAAGGAUGCGGGUAUGGCUGCCGCAUUCGAGAGCGCAUUUGGCGAGGGGCUCGAGCGAGAUGAUGUAGAGGCGGAAGAUGAAGAGGAAGGGGAAGAAAGUCCGGUAUCCGAACAGACGCGCGAACUGCAGGAACGCAUACAAGAGCUGCAGCUACGUAUCGAGGCGACAGUGAAUCCUGGACUAAAGGAUGGGCUCGGCAUGGUGCUGACACGAAUGAAAAGCCAGUUACCGCCAGACGUUGGGGAGAAUUGA